AUGCUACAUAGUCUGGAAAGUCAACCGGAAAAAGCGAUCGUAGAAAUUCCACGAGGGGGUAUCUAUGUAGUGGAUGCAAUGGCAACGAUCCAGAAGGUGGAUGUAAAGAAACUCCCAGGUGAAAGAACUUUCCUUAACCUUGCACAUGUGCUACUGAGACGCAUAGUUAAUCUGGCAAGAGGGAAUGGAUCGAAUGAAAUUCACUUCGUUGCAGACACCUACAGAGACCAGUCGAUAAAAAAUGCAGAAAGGGCUAAAAGGGCUGUUGGGGGUUCGCAGGUGAUACGCGUCUAUGGGCAGGCAAUUCCACUGCAAUGGAAGAAGUUUCUCUCGUGUGGUAAAAACAAGGAAGCGCUGCUCCAGUACUUGUAUGACACAUGGAAGACAGUGAAGAUGUGCGACGUCCAUGGUGUAAAGGUCUAUUAUGCCCAUGGAAGCAAGUGUGAUAUAUUCUAUGCCAUACCCGGUAACACAGCAGAUCAGAUUGUUGAAGUCCAUGAAGUACUGGAAUUGAAUUCCACACAAGAAGAAGCCGAUACAAGGUUGUAUCUUCAUGCAGCUUAUGCAGCCAAAACCUGCUCAGAUGUCAUCAUAGUGAGUCCUGACACUGAUGUUCUUGUUAUCGGGGUAUCGUUGCAACCACUGAUUGCUGCCCAUCUGUAUUUUCAUACUGGAAAGGGAGCUGAUCUUCGAACAAUUGAUAUCAAAGCCAUUCAAGAAAGCAUUGGUGAUGACGUCAGGCAGUCUUUGAUAGGGCUGCAUUGUUUCACCGGGUGUGAUAUUGUGAGUGCCUUCUACGGAAGAGGAAAGACGAAAGCCUUCAACUUACUCCUCAAUGACAAGAACUUGUGCUCUGCAUUCAAAGAUCUUGGAGAACGAUUUGAUCUUCUGCCAGAGAUGAUAGUGCUCCUGGAGAAGUUUGUGUGCAAAUUGUAUGGGCAACAUGAUGUUGAACAGGUCAACGUAGCCAGGUACAACAUGUUCCGCUUAGCACGAAAGUCCGAAAAUGCCAUGCCACCCAACCAAGAUGCACUGACGCAGCACAUCAAGAGAGCAAAUUACCAAGCAGGUAAUUUAAUCAUGGUGAAGCUGAAAUGAGAACUUUCAUAUUAAUUUCGCAUGUGUGAAAUAGUAAUUACGUUGUUGUGAAUGCUGCUUUGCACGUGUAGAAUAUAGGCAUACUUGUAUGAAACAACUUCAAGAAAUCUUUCAUAUAAUUUUUACAGGUAUCUUCAAGCGAAGCUUGCAGGCAACACCAGAUGUACCCUCUCCCCAACACCAUGGCUGGAAGAUAGAAGACGGCAAUCUUGUGGUAGACUGGAUGACUCUGCCUCCUGCUCCAGAUAGUGUUAUGGAACUUGCCCACUGCACUAGUAGUUUCAAGAAAAGUAGCCGCAGCGAUGCGAGUAAAUGUACUUGCCUAGUGAACAAUGUACCCUGCACAGAUUUGUGCAAUUGUGCUAGAAAGACCUGUAGUAACAUUGCAGGGCAAGCCAGUUUUGAAGAUGACGAGGAAGAUGAUGAUGAUGAUCAUGAGGCGGCGGAGUUUGACAUCGAAGAGGACUAA